UAUUAUAUGAUAUGAUUAAUGUCAUGUUUUUAAAUAUGAUGGUUUAAUUCCAAACAUGAUGAUUAUUAAUUAUCUAAUAUGGACACCCAACAUAAUAUAUGAUAUUUACCAUCUGAAUCUAACAAAGUUGACAUGACAAAAAAGUUUACUCAUUAUUCAGUUCAUUUUAACAUUGGUUUAACUUAUUGAUAUAAUAAGGCCUGUUAAGAUCGCAAGACCCAUUUUAUAUUUCCAAAAAUGAAUGCUGCCCCAAUGCCAUACUGAUAUAGGAAAGCAACAACAAAAACAUAACACAGGAAUAAUGAUGACAAGUCUUUGUCCUAGCACUGUACCAGGGGAGUGGAGCAUGGAAUAUUUAAGAGAGGUAGCAUGUCCUAAAUCCGAAGAGGGGGUAAGCAGUCAAAACGGACCCUGAUAUAAGCAUAAGAUUUGAAAAUCUGUUUCACAUGCUGUUAUAGCAUUUAGGCUUCAUUUUUCAGACAUGAAAAUUAAAAAGAGAAAUAGGUUUAGAUUUACCUAGAGUUGAUGCAGGUCUGAGCAUGAAAUACAAGCCACAUUAAAGCACACUAUUAAUGCUGACAUGUAAGCACAGAUCUUUGUUUCUAAUCUUCAGCUUAUGUUGUUUACUACUUUUGUAAUUUUUUUCUCUGCAUUAACUGUAAACAUUUUAUGUCUUCACAGCGAACUUUGAUCAAAGGAAUGGAUGAGAGAACAUUCAACUUCUCGCAUCAGGAAUUCUAUUUGAUUGGAUUCACGGAUCUGCAAGAGUAUCGACGAUAUCUUUUCAUUCCUUUUUUCAUCAUCUUUGCUUUCACAUUGUUUGCAAACUCAGUUAUAAUGCUGGUGAUUGUAAAAGAAAGCAAGUUACAUGCACCCAUGUACAUUCUGAUUGGGUUUAUUGCAGCUCUCGGGUUUAUACAGCCAAUAUUUCUUGUUCCGAGAAUGUUAAUCAGUUUUCUGUUUGGCAAAAAUAUGAUUUACAAAGAUGAAUGUCUUAUUCAAAUGUUUUGUCUGCAUAUGGCAGGUUGUUUUCAGUCGACUAUUUUGGUUGGGAUGGCGGUCGACAGAUUUUUUGCCAUUAUUUUCCCAUUACAGUACCAUGACUAUGUAAACUUUAAAACAUCAUUAAUAUUCUGUUUGUCCCUUUGUUUCCGUAACUUGCUUUACGUUGUUGCAAUGGUCGGCUUGCUUGGGCCACUCUAUUUUUGUAAAUCAAAUGUGAUUUAUCAUUGUGUUUGUGAGCACACAUCAGUUGUUAAUUUAGCCUGUGGUGAUCUGAGUAAGAACUACAUGGCUGGAAUAAUCGGUUUCAGCUUAACAUCAAGUGACUGUGUAUUUAUAGUCUGCUCUUACAUUGUAAUUUUUGUGAUUAUUUUCCGCUCUUCUUCCGGUGAGUCACGCCAAAAAGCCAUCUAUACAUGUAGCACUCAUUUAAUGGUGUUAGCGGUGGCAUUUCUCAGUGUUGUGGUUGCAUUUGUUGGCUACAGGGUUCCUACCAUACCAAGAGAUUUACGUGUGAUAUGUACCUUGUCAUAUCUUCUUCUUCCAAACUGCUCUAACCCAGUAAUCUAUGGAAUGCGAACAAAGGAAAUCAGAGUUCAAAUUGUAAAAUAUUUAACUUCUAAUAAGGUUGGUUCAUAUUAA